UGCGUGGAUUCGAAAAGUGGGCGUCGCUAUUCUUGAGCGCGUACGAGCGCGCUUGGUUAAUUUGCAAUUGUUUAGUUUUUUUCAGUAGUACUACGCGAUGACUUCGCAAGUUUCGUUCAUCGUUGACGUUAAUGGAAUUUGAUAAACAGUCAUCUAAUUGAUGGCAUUCGGCCCGGGUUUCUGAUUACGGUGAAGCACCUCGCGUGGCAUUAUAGCAACACGCUUACGGCUGCUCAGAGCUACGAGGUGACGAGGAAGUUGGUUGUGACAAAAACAGUUCAGUUUGAAGAGGUGUGACUGUCGACAUUUUAGUGAUACAUAUUUGUGGCGCGUGAGAAACUCGAAUGCAUUGACCUGUGAUAUACUCCGUACUACAGUGUAGCGUUAGAUGAUUAACAACAUACUUCAAAUCACCUGUUUCCUAAGUUGCUAGCCGGCCGUGCAUUGUCGAUUGAUAACAAUACGGGUAAAUUUCAGUGGCAAUGGCAGUGAUUUAUUUGCGGUGCUUGAUAACGCCAGAACGGCACGCAGUAGUUGUUCGGGACAAAUAAAAAGAGUUACAUGUGCCUUUGACUAUUGCCGCACGGUGGUAGAGAUAGUUAGUGAAAACUUGCAACUGCGAAUCUUUCAUUGUGUCACAAAAUAACGUUGGUCUCAAUUGAAAUUACUAUGCAAUCCCUCGCCGUAUUAGUAGCUGUUAUUCUUUUUCUGAUGGAUGGACUUCGAGCAUGUCUACCGUACGUAACCCGCGACGCAUGGGACGCCCAUCCUCCAAAAUUGGUGGAGAAAUUUACCGGCCCAAUCCCGUACGUAAUCAUACAUCACUCUUACCAACCGGCCGCCUGCUACGAUGAAAAGGAAUGCCAGAAGGCGAUGCAGAUUAUGCAGCGUAUGCACCAGCAGGAUCGAGGUUGGAAUGACAUCGGGUACAGCUUCGCAGUGGGCGGUGAUGGACGGAUCUAUCAGGGGCGAGGAUUCAACGUAAUCGGAGCACACGCGCCUCGAUAUAAUGACAAAAGCGUUGGAAUUUGUUUGAUCGGCGAUUGGCGAUUUGAUUUGCCGUCCAAGAAAAUGAUUAAUGCCGUGCAUAGUUUGAUAGAGUACGGUGUUUACAAUAACAUCAUUGCUUCUAACUACACACUCAUCGGACAUCGGCAAACGCGACCGACGGAUUGUCCAGGCGAUAGGCUGUAUAAGGAGAUACAGGACUGGCCGCAUUACUCGCCGUUGCAGGAUGUGGUUGACCCCAACAGUAUUCCAACGUAGACUGAAUGAACUGAUCUAAACUGAACUUUCUCGUUGAUCAAAAUAAAUAAAACGUGACUAAUAAAUAUAUGGAAAUACGUU